GCUACCCGACGUAGAUCCUCGCGAUUUUGCGACCUGACACGUCAUUUUGCCUUCGUAAGAUCAAUUUAGUUAAACGUCUCUAUAGCUCAUGUAAUUGUCGGAAUUAUAAAAACGGUGAGGACGGUAACACGGUUUAGUCGCUUUGAUUUGGUUGAAAUUGGACACCGCUGUUCCUGCGUCCUCCCGUGGGCUCUGCCGCGGAGGGAUACUACACGGGAUUCUACAAUGUGGAGGCUGUUAAAAUGUCGACUUGGAUACUGAAGCGGUUACUAAUUCAACAUUAACGAAACGGAGUAUUUGCCGAGUUUCUCUGCGUGAAAAGGAAAUGUUCUCUGUAUCGUGACGAAGACAGCACGGCUAUUUAAACGGCGGGGUGCUCGGCGUAGUCAUUCCUCAUCUUCGUCAGUCCGGACCACGGGGAAGGACCGAUCCCCAACUUUGUUUUUCUCGCCACUCCGAACGACUGCUUCUCACUUUGAUGCCCCACGGCUGAACCAAGUGGGGUGCGGAGACUGAAAGGGCCAAGUGAGCAGCAGAGAAUGGCUGCAGUGGGAACAGACAAGGAGCUCAGCGACUUGCUGGAUUUUACCGCGAUGUUUGAGCUACCGGUUGCAAAUGGAAAGAAUGGGCCAACAACUCUUGCCAGCAGCCAGUUUGGAGGUUCUGGCGUAAAUGUUGAUGAAAGGAGUGGCUCCAGUCCCUGGGGGCAAGGAGAACAGAACCCCCCAUCAUUUGGUCAGGGACGGGGCUAUGGUGAAGAAGGAAUUUACAAUGAGCAAGGGGGCGUUGCCACCACUCCCAUGUUUGGAUCAGGAAUUGUCGGGAAGGCAGAACGAGGGCCUUAUUUUGCAAAUCAGCCGGGCUUCAUGCCCAAUGAGAUGCCAAUGCCCAGUCCUGAUGCCCUUUCCCCAUCUGGCCUGAAGCCCAAUUCCCAGUUUUAUUCCUCCUAUGAGGGGAGCAUCGCUCGUAGGAGGCCCACACAAGACCCAGUUGAAACGCAUCCAAAAAAGAUCAGGAAGGUUCCUCCAGGUCUGCCCUCUUCGGUUUAUGCAUCAGCCUCAGGAGAGGAGUUUAGCAGGGACGCUGCUGGCUAUCCGGCCUCCAAAGGAGGAAACAUCUACCCACCACCGUUCUACUUGCAAGAAGGCCUCCACCCACCCCCAGACUCGUGGGGCUCUGCCGGGUCAAUGGUCCAGCCUGGUUACCCUCCUAUGCUGGGAAACCAUCUAAAUCAGCAUGGGCCCUUUACUGCCAUCAACCCUCAAGACCGACUGAAAAGACAGCCACUACCCCUCUCGCCUCAAAACUACCCCCUGCAUGGCAGUGAGGUCAAUGGUUUCCAUUCAAGCUCCAGCAGCUUCGGAGUGUCCAGCCACACCCCCCCUAUUGCCGCCAGUGACACCAUUAUGGGUAAUCGAGCCGGGGUACCUGGAAGUUCUGGCGAUGAGAUUGGAAAAGCACUGGCGUCUAUUUAUCCCUCUGACCCGAACAGUAAUGGCUACUCUCCUUCUCCGUCUACCCCAUCUGGGUCUCCGCAAGCAGUGUCAGGCUCUGGAUCCCAGUGGACCCGCUCCUCUGGUCAGGCCACGCCAUCGCCCAACUAUCAGACAAUGCCUAAUAAACUGGAGGACCGUCUGGAUGAAGCCAUCAAUGUUCUUCAGCGUCAUGCCAGCGGGCAGGGAGCACCAGGAAUGGAGGAGAUGCACAGUCUGCUCUCAUCUGGCUUGGGUUUGCCUCCAGGUUUUGCCAGUUCAGCAAUUGGACUGGCCGGUCGCCUGCCUGGACUGGUCGCCAGUCACCACGAAGAUUCAGCUGGUCUGCCCUCUAGUGGAGGACUUGUGCAUGGCCACCAUAACGCGGGCUCGCAGCCUGAAGGUUUCACCAACUUGGCCAGUGGCCUAACUCGUGCCAGCGGUGCUGACAUCAAACGGGAGGAGAAGGAUGACGAGGAAAACUGCUCAGUGACAGACAAGUCUGAAGACGAGAACAAGGACAUAAAAGGCUCUCAUCGAUCAAGCCUGAAUGAUGAGGAUGAUGACGAAGAUCUUCCAGUGGAGGUUAAGGCUGGGCGGGAGAAAGUGCGGAGGAUGGCAAACAACGCUCGCGAACGACUUCGCGUGCGGGACAUCAACGAGGCUUUUAAGGAGCUGGGCCGCAUGUGUCAGCUCCAUCUGAGCUAUGAGAAACCGCAGACCAAAUUGGGCGUUCUGCAACAGGCCGUUAAUGUUAUUCUCAACCUGGAGCAGCAAGUUCGAGAGCGUAACUUGAACCCAAAGUCUGCUUGUCUCAAGAGAAGAGAGGAGGAGAAAGUGUCCGGUGUGGACCCCCAGAUGCAACUGAGCGGGGGUCACGCUGGUCUAGGAGGCGGUGGACACAACCCCGGGAGCCACAUGUAAUUCUCAGACCCUGUUGAUUGUACAGCCCUCCGAACACGUGGCCUUUACUAUCUUUGUCAAUCAUCUCAGUGUGUAAGAGUCAACGUUGGGAAAACACUCAUCAUCUACGACAAAGACGGUGGACACAUUCCUGAUGACGAUAAAAAAGUAAAAAGCACAGCAUGUUUGAAACGGAAAAAAAAUGGUUUUACUCUUGGCCACAUUUUGGACAGAAGGCGAGGACGACUCAAGGACUCUUGUUAAUGUUGCAUUUUGAGACAUUCUUUUAUACAUGUUGGGAGAUAAACGUGUUUGGAUCAAAUAAUCUUUUGGAUCAAUUGCUCUCAUGAGUAAGGAUUUUAAUAUUGGUGGAUUAUUUGGCAUUCCCCUUUAAAACUGAGGUCUUAGCUCCUUUAGAAUUGAGACGGGGAACUGGUGUUUACAUGUGGAUGUGCCUGAAGUGUUUGGUUUGUCAAAAGCAGCCAUCCCAGCUAUUGUCGCGCGUGAUGACUGAAGGACCUCCGGCCAUGUUGGCAACCACAGACUUUUUCUCGGUGGUUCGAUGACUCUCCACUGAACUGCUACAGUGACUCAUCAGCUGCGUCAAUCCACAAAAACCUCGUCACUGCCGUGCAAGUGGAAUCGAAAAGACAAGCCGCCGACAAAAAGGUGCGACCGCUUCCUUGGAUCGUCCCGACGGGAGCACCAGUAAUUGUUGGUUGAUCUCAUCCAACCCUGAGUCGUCCAUCUUUGUUUGAGGUGGUACAAAAAAAAACUUUACCAAGACAGAUAUGGGUAUCGAAAGGGAUCAUGUGUGUUAGUUUUACUUUUUUGGACUUGUUUUGGUUGUUAAAUGUUACUUAUUCUUAUUUUUUCUCAUUUUGAACAAUUGCAAAGCCUGUUGUAAGGAUCUUCCUUUUUUAAAUUUUUAGUUACCAAUAUUUUUUAUUAUUUUUGGUGUAAAAUAGUUGUAAAAGCUAGCCUUCUCUUUUUUUAAAUCCCUAUCCCUCUUCUAUUGUGAAACAAAAGCCCCACUUUAGAUUCCCAGAACCAAGUGAGUUGUUUUCUUCUGCCAGGAGCUCUGGCUUUAACAUCACAUGUUGUGGUGUCUCAUGUUUUUAGUCCAAACCUGUGAUGAGAUGUGUUAUCACGCUGGUGUUCUUCAAUGAGAAACGUCUUGCCCCUCGCGCCCGGCUGUGUGAUGAAUCAUGUCGUGCAGGCUCCCCCUCGCCCCAUCACAACUGUUCAAUCAAUCAGACGAUAAAACAAAAAAGGGCGGCCUUUUUCUGUCAUUCUUUCUCACCAGUGCCUGAGUGCGUCUCUGAUUCUGCAUUUUAGGAGUUGUAGUUUGUAAUUAAAGAAACAGAUGCUAUAUCAUUACAUAAAGAAACAUCGAUAGUAAAUGAGAUAUAAUUGCGACUGCUUCAGUGUGGCUGCCAGUAGCUCCAGGGUGACCCCCCGGUCUACAGCUAAAACACUGAAACUAAACUUUAAAUAUCAUGUAUUCACUGGUCUUUUUUUUAUAUAUAUAUAUUUUUGUCCUUGACUGCCGUGUACGUUAUAUGUAAGUACAACUAACUGUAUGAUAUGCCUCAUCAUUGUCAGCUGAAUCAUGUUUUGUCAUCCGAACCCCCAAACAUUGCUUUCUUUUCCUUGUUUUCAUGAAGUAAUCCACUACUUUUUUUGUUUGGUAGAUGAUGUCGCCACAGUUUCCCGUACAACAUCUGAUAUUAUUUGUUGGCAGAUGUUUCUUUGUUUUCUACCUGAAAUGACCUGCUACAGAUCUGUCUUCAUCUAUGCUUGAGGACAAUAUCUCUGUAGGUGAUGUCCUCAAAGUGCCUCCAGUUUCCUAUUUUUAUAUACAAAAAGUAGAUAUCCAGAACUGUUGUGUAUAUAACAGUAUUGUAGCAAUAAAUGUGCCAUUUUU